UUGACUUUCACUCUGAGGUAAUUUAGUUCUGCCUUUUCUCUUGGAGCUUCUUAGUGGAUACAAGCUAGAAAAGGCCAACUUAUCCAGCAGUUGGGGGAUCAAUUCCUUCCAAGAGAAUCACCUCUGAGCAUGGACACAGGAAUCACUCAAGGGCACAUUUAACAGAGAACGUACUCCACAUACUCCAAAGAUGAGUGAGCAGGAAGUUACUUUUUCAAAUGUGAAAUUUCGUAAGGAUACAAGGUCACAGAACCAAGUAAGCACUGAGGAGACUCAAGCACCCAGAGAAGCUGGCCCCAGAGUGUGUUCGAUCCCCUGGAAGAUCAUUGUGAUAGCUCUCGGAAUCCUCUGUUCCCUUCGGCUGGUAAUUUUUGCAGUUCUGGUGACAAACAUUUUUCAGUAUAGUGAAGAAAAACAUAAACUGCAGGAAACUCUAAAAAUCCUCCUCCAUAACUACAGCACCAUGCAAAAUGAAAGCUAUUUAAAGGAAGAAAUGCUCAGAAAUAAGUCUAUAGAAUGUAAUUCCUACAGAAAUCUUCAGGAUACCCUCAACAGAAAGCAGAACAGAUGCUACAUGGAAACCAAGAUUGUUUUAGAUUGCUUACAGCACAGAGGUAAGCAGGAUAAACUUGUGGAAGGACACUUGUUCUGCCAUGGCAUAAAAUGUUAUUAUUUCAUCACUGACAAAAAACAGUGGAAUGGAUGUAAACAGACUUGCCAGGAUUGCAGCUUAUCUCUUCUGAAGAUAAAUGAUGAACAUGAACUGGCACUCCUCCAAUAUCAGAUUAUUCAAGGUAGUUACUGGAUUGGACUGAAAUAUGAUAUUAAAAAUAAGGAAUGGGCAUGGAUUGACAGUGGCCCAUCUAAACUUGCCUUGAACACAAGGAAAUACAAUGCAAAGGAUGGAGGAUGUAUGUUCUUAUCUAAAACAAGACUAGAAAAUACUAAAUGUGAUUGGUCCUUCCCCUGUAUUUGUGAGAAGAGACUGGCUAAGUUUCCUGAUUGACUUGCCAACAAGAGUUAAAUGACUUAGUCCACUGUUCAAACAAAGAGAAGAGCUGAAAGAGGUUGGAAAUGCUCCCUAGAAUCUGAUGUAACAGAGCAGAGGCUUCUUC